AUGGCCCCGUCCGCCAAGGAUUCCGAGGUCGAGCAUGGCUCUGUCUUCUCCGUCUCCGGCCCCGUCGUCGUGGCCGAACACAUGAUCGGCUGUGCCAUGUACGAGUUGUGCCGUGUUGGUUAUGAUCAGCUGGUUGGAGAAGUCAUCCGGAUCGAGGGUGAUAAGGCUACCAUCCAGGUCUACGAAGAAACAGCCGGUUUGACGGUCGGCGACCCGGUCACGAGAACGGGCAAACCCCUGUCGGUCGAGCUGGGCCCCGGUUUGAUGGAAACGAUCUACGACGGUAUCCAACGACCCCUGAAGGCGAUCGCCGACCAGUCGAAAGGCAUCUACAUCCCCCGUGGUAUUGCUGUGAAUGCGCUGGAUCGCAAGAAGAAAUGGGACUACAAGCCGGGUCAAUACAAGGUCGGGGACCAUAUUACGGGCGGUGACGUCUGGGGUACCGUGUUCGAGAACAGCUUGGUAGACGACCACAAGAUCCUCCUCCCGCCCCGCGCGCGCGGCACGAUCACCCGGAUCGCCGAGGCCGGUAGCUACACCGUCGAGGAGAAGCUCCUGGAGAUCGAGUUCAACGGCCAGAAGUCGGAGCAUGGCAUGAUGCACACCUGGCCCGUUCGUGUGCCCCGACCCGUCAACGACAAGCUGUCCGCCGAUGCCCCCUUCGUCGUCGGCCAGCGCGUGCUGGACUCGCUGUUCCCCAGUGUGCAGGGCGGAACCGUCUGCAUCCCCGGAGCGUUUGGCUGCGGCAAGACCGUCAUCUCGCAGAGUGUGUCCAAAUUCUCCAACAGCGACAUCAUCGUCUACGUGGGAUGUGGCGAGCGCGGCAAUGAGAUGGCCGAAGUGUUGAUGGAUUUCCCCGAGCUCUCCAUCGACGUCGGCGGCCGCAAGGAACCCAUCAUGAAGCGCACCUGUCUGAUCGCCAACACCUCCAACAUGCCCGUCGCCGCGCGGGAAGCGUCCAUCUACACCGGUAUCACGAUCGCCGAGUACUUCCGCGACCAGGGCAAGGACGUGGCGAUGAUGGCCGACUCCAGCUCGCGCUGGGCCGAGGCCCUGCGUGAGAUCUCGGGUCGUCUGGGAGAGAUGCCGGCUGACCAGGGUUUCCCCGCCUACCUGGGCGCCAAGCUGGCCUCCUUCUACGAACGUGCGGGUAAGAGCACGGCUCUGGGUAGCCCGGAGCGCACGGGCAGCGUCAGCAUCGUCGGAGCCGUCAGCCCGCCGGGUGGCGAUUUCUCGGAUCCCGUUACCACCAGUACGCUGGGUAUCGUCCAGGUGUUCUGGGGGUUGGACAAGAAGCUGGCGCAGCGGAAGCACUUCCCGUCGAUCAACACCUCCAUGUCCUACAGUAAAUACACGACGGUGCUGGACCGGUACUACGAGAAGCACCACCCGGAGUUCCCGCGCCUGCGUGAGCAGAUCCGCGAGCUGCUGACCAAGUCCGAGGAUCUCGACCAGGUGGUGCAGCUGGUGGGUAAGACCGCGCUGGGCGACUCGGACAAGAUCACCCUGGACGUGGCGGCGCUGCUGAAGGACGACUUCUUGCAGCAGAACGGAUACAGUGACUACGACCAGUUCUGCCCGCUGUGGAAGACCGAGUACAUGAUGAAGGCGUUCAUGGGCUACCACGACGAGGCCCAGAAGGCGAUUGCGCAGGGCCAGAACUGGACCAAGGUGCGCGAGUCGACUUCGGACAUCCAGUCGUCGUUGCGCAGCAUGAAGUUCGAGGUUCCGGAGAACCACACCGAGGUGACUGCCAAGUACGAGAAGAUCCUUCAGUCGAUGACGGAGCGCUUUGCCUCGGUGUCGGAUGAGUAA